AAGAUGAAGAUGAAGGUCCCUGUGAAAGACAUGUUGCGUUUUUAAACCCCAUACUUCAACUCAACGACGCUGCCGCCCAACAUUUCUUCAACCUCUCUCGAUAUGUGAUGGACAUUAGACCCGGCCAGACCACUCCGACAGUCCAGGUCUAGACCUGAAGCGCGCAUUCAGCCAGCCUCCAGCUCCCAGGUUAUCAAUAGUUGAUGCAUGGAGGUGGAGUCGAGCAGGCAAAUGGUAGGCCAUGAUGGUCAAAGACUUGAGGAAUCAGAAAAGGAGUGGGAUAUCGACUCAAUAAUGAUACGAAGGUAUGUAACCAACCCUUCUACCGUAGUGAUUGGAUAGACAAGCUUAAUAUAGAAAUAGCUAUCACAUCGAUAGACAUGGUAAUUUCGAUCGAAAUGUUGCAAAGCGUUACACACCCCACCUCAUGUCUUGGCCGUAGACGGUUUGCGGGGAGGUCACGUGGCGGUUACACCCCAACAGCAGGGGUACACCGCAUGGGCCGACGCUAUGCGACGUCACUUGCAACGGCCGGUGGGCUGAGCUCCAGCUGUUGCUCUUCUCUCGAUGCAUUCACAGCUUCGAGUUUGAUGGAUUGAACCCUUUUUGCUUUUCCAACUCAAAAUAUCCAAAAAUGUCGAGACUGGCGACCCUCCCCCGACGACUGGCUCUCCUCCGCCCCCUAAGGAGGACGACAUGCACCGCCAGGAGCUACUCCACAGUAUCCGAACAGCGCCUCGACAACCGCGUUAAGAUCGUCGAAGUAGGGCCGCGCGAUGGCCUCCAAAACGAAAAGAAUAUCGUGCCGCUGGCGACAAAGAUUGAGCUGAUUGAACGACUGGCAAAGACCGGGCUUCAGACAAUCGAGGCGGGUUCGUUUGUCGCUCCGAAAUGGGUGCCACAAAUGGCCAACUCCUCCGAGAUCCUCUCCCACAUCCUCACCACCCCACCACCCUCCCCCCACCCCCUAACCUACUCCUUCCUCGCCCCCAACAUGAAAGGCCUCUCCAACGCCUUCUCCAUCCUCGACGCAAACCCCUCCUCUUUCUCCACCGAAUCCAACCCUUCACCAUCAAAACCCUCCCUCGAAAUGGCCGUCUUUGCCUCGGCAACCGAAACCUUUUCCCAAAAAAACCUCAACGCCUCCAUCGCCGCCUCUCUUGAAACUUUUAGGGCGGUCAUCUCCGCCGCCAAGGAAACACCCUACAAUCUCCGCGUCCGCGGCUACAUCUCCGUCGUCCUCGGCUGCCCCUUUGAGGGCUACGACGUCUCGCCCCACCGCGUUGCUGAGAUUGCUACCGAGCUGCUCGAGAUGGGAGUGGACGAAAUCGCGCUGGGUGAUACGACAGGCAUGGGCACUGCGCCCAGAACAAAGGACUUGUUGAAUUGUCUGAGGAGCGCGGGGAUAAGGAAUGAGGAUGUGGCGAUGCACUUUCAUGAUACGUACGGGCAGGCGCUGGUGAACACGGCUGUGGCUUUGGAGCAUGGGAUCAGGACGUUCGAUGCUAGUGUUAGUGGGUUGGGGGGUUGCCCGUACAGCCCCGGGGCUACCGGGAACGUGGCGACGGAGGAUGUGGUGUAUUUUAUGGAGAGUUUGGGGAUGGAUGCGGGGGUUGAUUUGGAUGGGGUGGCCGAGGUGGGGGAGUGGAUUAGCAAGGAGUUGGGGAGGGGGAAUGGGAGUACCGUUGGGAGGGCGGUUUUGGGGCGGAGGAAGAGGAAGCAGGAGUGA